AUGGGAGAUACGCCUGACCAGGAGAUGUUGGACGUGAAGUCGGCCGGUGACGGUGAGCUGCAGGUCGGGCCGGGGGUUCCAGCAAGUAGAUGUAGCCCAGCGAUUGGCAACCUGGGAAUCUGUGAUGCUGCAGCAAAUCAGGAAGCACCAGUGAAGGACGUCGAAAUGGCGGAGGAUCAACCUCCAGCUGGACUGUCGUACACCGUUGACGAUCACAGGUCGUCGUUCACUGAAUUCAUAAAGGAUCUACGUGUCAUCCUCGCUGAUCACCAAGACCGUGAGGAUAUCUGUGAUCGCCACGUGGACCCAAAUAUCUCGAGUAGCCGAAAACACCCACUGCUCCCGAAGCCGCGUGCUGAACAACCGGUGAGGUGGAUUCGCAUCAAGCUGCAACUGCAAGUGGUUGAGGGCGAGGAAUCGUCGUCAUCGGCAACCCUACUCAUGAGGGAUGACAACGUGGAUGUGAUCGGCUUCAUCAACCAGUCUGGAGUCUGUUACGAUUUUGCCGACCGAAAGAGAAGCGCCCGUCGGAUCCUCCCACAAGAAUACAAGCCAGUACUUCUAGGCUGGGGCAACAGCUACAAAAGCAUACUAGGCGUCAGAAAGGAGGAGGAAGUCAUGGAUAGACUGACAUCCGCAAACCUGGGCAAGACCUUCGCCACGCACGCCGUUCGCUUGCUGUCGCGCUACCCACACGAGGUGGAUGGCAUCGAGAUGACACCCAUGCUGGCACUGGUGGGCCUGAAGUUCAUGGUCUCCGAGUCCGCAAGGAUGAAUCCUGUGCGCGACACCAUUGCACGUGGCUGGGACACCGGGACAGGAUUCACCAAGCAAUUGAUGACAGAUUACGUGUGGAAAUAUGUAGAGAUGUCAAGGCGUCUGAGGCAUUGGAAGAGAGGAAACUAUGCGGAACGGCGCCCCGACUCGGAGCUACGUGACAUCUACCUCGUGCUCAACGUACAUGCUGAACUGGUGUAUACCAUCGGAGAUGAAAUUUCAUUCAUUUCAUUCAUGACGGAUCUACGUCGCAAACUCGCCGAGCAUCCAGACAGCGAGGAUAUCUUGGGCGGCCACAAAGACCCAAAUCUCUCCGAAACCGGAGAUCAUCCAGUGCUGGCCAAGCAGCGUGCUGAUGAACAACCGGCGAGGUGGAUUCACGUCACGCUGCAAGCAGUGGAGGGGAGAGGAAACGUCGUGGACAACCCUGUUCAUGAGGGAUGA